AUGGAAGCAGAAGCACAACCGGCGUCAUCAGUCAGCUGGCGAAAACAGUUAGAUGAUAAUCUAAAGAGAUUACAAUCUCUUGAAUUCGGUGCAGAGAAAGCGAUUGAGAAAGGAGAUUAUAGUUAUGCUCAGUUACUUUCUCUCCGUCUUAUCGGUUUCCUCGAUUCUCAAUCACUUAAUAACGAUGCCGAUGAAGCGUAUAUUCGUCCGAUUCGCCGAGAAGCGAUAUCGAAACUUGAUUCCGCUACUCAGUCACUCAUUCCUGAUUCCGAUCGUCAAGCUUUUGAGCAAGCUGGUAGAGGUCCAGGGUUUGUUUUUCAGAAGCAAUGGGAUAUCAGCAUUGAUAAAAUUAAGCAAUCAAAAUAUUUUAAAGCUCUCCUUCAGAAUUCUAAAGGAAAUAGUCUAAAUCAGGAUGAUGAACGCGGAAAGCAGGAACAUAUCAAUAGCAAGACUUCAAAGGUUCCCUUACAUGGAAAACCACCAACCUUGUAUGGAGGGAAAAGUAGUGGGAAGCAUAAUAAUAAUGGCAAUUUCAGAAGAAUUGGUAUCAGGGAUUCUAUUCUUGUCGAAAGUGGCGGUUCACCUACAUAUAUUAAUGUUGAUGAAAGUAGCUUGAGAUCUAAGCGUGCUCAUAUGCAAAUCAGUAGCCCAAGGAAUGAAAAACUUUUGUCUCCAUCAAGCAACAGUGAUGCUGAAGCUGGUGUUAGUGGCAACAGUUUUGUUACAGCUAGGACAAAGUUGGAAAUGGAUGUUCGACAAAAGAGAGGGUUGGCGGGAUCGCCAAAUGCCUCGGUCUCCCCGCAAAGUGAUGGAACUAGCAGAAGUUAUGGUGUCAAAUCCUAUGGACCACGUCGUGGAUUACGUGGUUUUGUACCCCCUAUUAGGUCCAAUGGGGGUAACACUGGUAAUGUAACAUCACGUGCAACAAAGGGUGAUGAGGCAUUAGAUGACUCAACAAAAAAAUGCAUGGAGAUGCUAUGUGGUCCUGAUGGUGAACUUCCAGAGAAGCUAAGGAAUUUAGAACCUCGUCUUAUUGAGCACAUUAGUAAUGAGAUCAUGGACCAUGACCCCAAUGUUCGCUGGGAUGAUAUUGCUGGACUGGAGCAUGCAAAAAAAUGUGUCACCGAGAUGGUCAUCUAUCCUUUGUUACGGCCUGAUAUAUUUAAAGGUUGUCGUUCCCCAGGACGAGGACUUCUUUUAUUUGGUCCCCCAGGAACAGGUAAAACAAUGAUAGGUAAAGCUAUCGCUGGAGAAGCUAAGGCAACAUUUUUUUACAUAUCUGCGAGUUCACUAACGAGCAAAUGGAUUGGGGAAGGUGAGAAGUUAGUGAGGGCUCUUUUUGGAGUGGCCUGUUGUCGUCAACCAGCAGUAAUCUUUGUGGAUGAAAUAGAUUCACUCCUGUCUCAGCGCAAGUCAGAUGGUGAGCAUGAAUCAAGCAGGCGAAUGAAGACACAGUUUCUCAUUGAAAUGGAAGGAUUUGACAGCGGGAAUGAACAAAUUUUACUCAUAGGAGCAACAAAUAGACCACAUGAAUUAGAUGAGGCAGCUAGGAGGCGCCUUACCAAGCGACUUUAUAUUCCACUUCCUUCCUCAGAAGCAAGAGCCUGGAUAAUUCGCAAUCUUUUGGAGAAGGAUGGGCUAUUUAAACUCUCAACAGAGGAUAUCGAAAGUAUAUGCAAAUUAACCGAAGGCUAUUCGGGAUCUGACAUGAAAAAUUUAGUGAAAGAUGCUUCCAUGGGUCCACUAAGAGAGGCUUUGAGACAAGGCACUGAAAUCACUAAACUUAAAAAGGAAGAUAUGAGACCAGUCACUGUACAGGACUUUGAGAACUCACUACAAGAGGUGAGACCUUCUGUUUCUUUGAAUGAACUUGGCACAUAUGAAGAUUGGAACAAUCAAUUUGGAAGCUUAGCGCCAUCAAGCUUCAAUCGCAUGUAGUUUUCAAGUAAUUGAUAUAUCAAUCGUUAAUUACUUAGUGGCCACAAGCUUCAAUCGCACUGUCACAUUUGAAAGUUUGUAGGGAACUUGACUGGAGUCAUGUUGUAUCAGAAUUUCAUCUGUGCAAAUCCAAAUAGUAAAUUUAAUUUAAAUUUCUUAAAUUCA